GAGACUCAGCGCUUGAUGGCUGAGCCCGUCCCAGGCAUUAAGGCGGAGCCUGACGAAGGGAACGCCCGCUACUUCCAUGUGGUCAUCGCCGGGCCCCAGGACUCGCCCUUCGAAGGUGGCACGUUUAAACUUGAACUCUUUCUCCCCGAGGAAUACCCCAUGGCAGCUCCAAAAGUACGCUUUAUGACCAAAAUAUACCACCCCAACGUAGACAAGCUGGGAAGAAUAUGUCUAGACAUCUUGAAAGGUAAGAAACGCUUGACACUUCGUUUUGCACCAACAUGGUAGCCCGGUAUCCUAACUGACCCUCAUUAACCGGUCAACAAACAGUAAAAUGAAGUGGCCAACAGAAAAUACUAUCAGAGAUCUGUAUAUAAUGACGAGAUGUUUGUUUCCACCCUAACAAUGGGAGUCGUCCCAAGGCAGGAAAAGCAGGCGACAAGCUUAGGCCCAAAAUAAGCCCAUAGCAACGCAUUGGACUUAUUUUAGGCAGAUUUUGGCGAGAGUGAAACCUCUCGCUUUGUCUCUUCCUCUCUGAUACUAUGCGUGCAUACAAGGACCGGACAUUUUUCAUGAAGAGCUUAAUGGAAACAUGCAGCGUUAGCAAGCCUAUCGUCUUACAGUCAGAAGGCUAUAGCCUAUUAUUGAACAUACAACUCCUGAAGCAGCUAAUAAAAUGUAAUUUUCAAACAUUUGCCAAAAUGCAAUUCGCGGAAAACAGUUCUAAACAGCACACCUAAUGCAAACAGUUCCAUAUGUGACAGAUAUUAAAAUCUCUGUUAGAAACUUAGAAAGAGAGGGAAUCUAAUAGCAACUACUUUGAUAGGUUGCAAGUAUGACUAGGAUUGUGCCUUUGGCUUCUGGACAACGAAAGAAAGUUGAUAUGAAAACCAAUAGAACAGGAGUGAAAGGCUGGUUAAUGGCAUAAGGAAUAAAUAAAUAAAAUAAUUUCCUUCUAUGGAUGGAUUUUCGCAAGGCUACUUUGAAGCAAGGUAAGACAUGCCUCAUUAUUUGAAGUAAAGUAAAACGUUCAGGUUUCAAACAAUUUUACUGCCUCAAGCUCACAUUGCAAAGUGGUGGGUGACACGCUGAUAGUCAACGGUAGGCAGGCUACAAACUUUGGGACAAGGGUGGAGAAUCAGAACGCAUCCGAAUGGGAGGUGCGCUUUACGAGUUGAGAUUGAGAAAUAGAAAUGGCUCCUCUUAAUAGUGGCCACCAAAGUUAUCUGAUUCUAGGUCUGACAUUUAGGGAUGUCUACCUUUCUGGAAAUAUCACGAUAUAUUUGAUAUUGAUGGGGGGGGAAAUCGAUAGUUAAAUAUCAGGAUAUUCAUUUUUGAUAUUUUCAAUAUCACAAUAUUAUUUUCACGCUAGUUGGCUGUACCUGCACCAAAACUGCAGUAUUUUACCUUCAUAGCUUGUUCUCCUUCUUUUUAAAUAGGGAGCCAAUUUGUUUUCAGCACUUUUAUUUAUUUAAAAUUGGUUUUCUCAUGGCUCCCUCUUGUCCCUCUGCAGCAGACAUCUGAAACAUAGAACAUCAGCUCCAAAGUAUCAUGAUAAUAUCAUAUCCUGAGGUCCCUGGCAAUUCCCAACCCUAAUAUUUGACCUGUUUUAUCAUCAAAAGUAUCUAUGUACAAUCCAGUUAGUCUUAUCAGGUGACUGAUAACCGAUACUGGGGAUAUGGGACAGCUUUAACUGUCUCACACUGCUGCACCUGCUCUGUUUCUCUGUCAGACACGUCAGUGAGUUCAGGCUCAUUAGUGGGACAGUCCUGGGCAUUGUUUCCUGCCAUAUCCCCAUUGCGUUAGAAUCAUGUUUGGCCUGCGAGCACUAUGAGGGAUUUGCCUUUUUAAUCUCGCUCAAAAGAUCAAUGGCCUCUCCGAUUACACUUUUGACCUCUCACUCAAACCGCAUCUCCCCAUUUCUGCGACAUGCCACUAACUGCCACAUCACUCAAAAUAGAAACAUUGCUCAAACCUCUCUCCUUCUGCCUCCCUCACUUUCUCCCCCUCGUUUGUCCUUUUUUUGUUCUUAUCAAAUCUCUUCACAGAUAAAUGGUCUCCAGCCUUGCAGAUCCGUACAGUCCUGCUAUCAAUCCAGGCAUUACUAAGUGCUCCCAACCCUGAUGAUCCUCUAGCGAAUGACGUUGCAGAGCAGUGGAAGUCCAAUGAAGCUCAAGCCAUAGAGACGGGUAAGUCUAGAUGAAGCCCGGCUCUGAGGGGAGAGGCUAUAAGGACACUCAUGACCUGCAAAACGACUAACUAAAACUGACCCUUACCUUAACCUAAUUUUAACCAAUUCUGAAAUUAAAUAUAGUUUUGCAGGUCAGGAGUAUCCGUAUAGCCUUUUCCGGCUCUGAGCAGUAAACUCCUCCACAGUGCACUCCUCACCACCCCCACUUGCCUGGGUCAUGUUCGUUAUGGCAUGCAAUGGAAACGUUAAAAUGUUUCGCAACAGAAAGGGAAAAUGAACUAUUAUUUUUAGACUAGUCCGGGUAAUCCCUCCCUGUUUCAGUCUGUUUUAUUGUGUGGUGCCCAAUGAACACAACCCUGUUCAAAUGUUACUUGUAGCUCAGACUCUAAAUGUAGCCUACAAUUCAGCCAAUCCAACACUGAAUCAUAUUGUUGCAGAUGCUCUAUCUUGCUGGUAACUUUAGAUGCUACAUCUAAUGAAGUCAUGACUUCCUUUGAUAAACAUUUAAUUGUUAUAUUGUAGCUUUUUCACUCUGUAGCCUAUCAUGCAAAGCAAGUACAAAUGUGACAAAGUUACAACUUGAAGCCUCAAGGAUUCUACCGUAAGACUAAUAAUUAGCUAACUCACCAGUCACCACAGCAUUUAGUUUUUUUAGAACAGAUUAUAAUGGACCUAGUCUUGCUUUCUGACCUCAUCUCUCGUCCUCAUUUUGUGUUGCAGCCCGGACAUGGACCAGGCUUUACGCUCAAAACAACAUAGAAGUGUAGAAAACGCAAAACAAGCGGAAAGAAACCGAGCAGGAAGUCAGUGUGAACACACACACCUCAUUUCUGCCAAGACCUCUUCUUCUUCCUACUUCAUUUGCAUUUAAAGGACACUGUCUUGAAGAGAAAAAAAGCUAUUAUUAUAAUAAAAUAAACAUUUAAGGAAUAUAUUAAAAAGGAGGAAAAAGACAAGUAAAUGUUGUGAUUUUAAAUGCACAUAAGAGAAACUUGACUUGUCUUUGUCAUAACUCACUACUGUUCAGCUGCAUGGGCAGCCAGGGUUAAGAUCUAACUCACCACCUGGCUUUCUUUUUCCAUUGAUUUGGGAGGAAACCGCCAACCUCUGCUUUUAACUAGCUUCGUACAGAAAAUAAAAAAACGAAGUGUUUGUCUGUCCCAUGUUUUUUUCUGAGGGGGUAGGGUGUAGGGAGACAGUGGGGGUUCUUGUCCAAGAUGGGCAAACCUUUUUUAACUUUUCUUUUAACUUGGUUUUCUCUUGUGAUGCUGGUUGUUUAUUGAAAUCCGCUGAUUAGCCCACGUAGUAGACACACCCUUUGAGACAGACUAUGGAUGGACUCAUUCCCCUGUAGAAGGCCUAGCCGCAAAACAACAUCAACACAGCGCCUGCUAAACCACUUGAACAUGAAAUACAAAGUAAUGAUAUAACGACUAAACAAUGAAUCUGAGCCUGCCACCAUCAUCACGUUUAACUGUUGCAACCGCUGUCCGUGUAGAGACCCAAACGUAGGCUUGUGACCUGUAGGUGGGGGAGGCAGGGCAGUGGGGGAGGCGGGACAGGAAUUCCAUAACUUUCUUCUGUUUUAGGAAUAUUGUUUUUCUCGUGUCUCCUUUUAUUUGAUAUGGAUGUUUUCCUGACAUCGCCCUACUAUUACAAAUGACUCUGGCUAAAUGGCUCUUUUAGCUUCUUGUUCUUCCUGUUUGUCACAACCUAAUUCUACAAGACACAACAAUUGACUUCCUCCCCAUGGCAUUCAUUUCAGAAAAUAAUAAUGAGUUGUAAGUUCUGCAGUGUGUGUUUGGGGUAAUUGUGCUGGAGGAGGUUGGGG